AUGCUUGGGGCCAAGUCGCCACCAGAGCCCAUGUCCCGGAUCGUCUCGGCCAGUCACUCUCAAUCUGAGCCUGAAAUCGACGGCCCCCAGCCAGUAUCCGACCAAGAGCGUUCCCCAGAAGCAUUCGACGAUGAUUUCAAGUUCGACUUCCGCGACAUUGCAUCCGAGCCCGACACAGAUAGGAGCCCCGGCGCCAUUGACACGGCCGAGGGCACUGCCUUCGAAGAGGAAUACCGAAGGACCGACGGAGCCAUAGCGUCUUCUGAACGCGAAAUCGCUAUUGCAGCCCUCUCCACGCUUGCCAACGAGUCAACUCCAAGCCAUACCAGUCCCCUCCCGCAUUCGACCGAUGACCCUUCCCCGACAAAGGCCCCCGAAGACUAUUACACCAUCCAAGACUUGGUUGACCAUCGAAUCGAUCCCUCUGACCCAACAAGGGUCGAGAUCCGAGUCAGAUGGGUGGGCGUCGAGGUACAGACCUGGCAGGACGAGUGGCGUCUCCAGGAGGAUGCGGCUCGCACGCUUUACGCCUACUGGAGGGCCGAGGGUGGACGCUGUUGUGCUCUAAACCUCGGCCCCGACGCCUUAUACCAUGUCUUCCGGGUUCUUGCUAGCCGUGGAGAGGGCGCCAAGCGGCAGUUCAAGUGUCAGUGGGUAGGAUAUCCUGCCACCGAGCGGCAGUGCUCGUGGGAGUUGGAGGCACUUAUCAAGGUGAUAGCUAGAGAUGUUCUCGAGGCCUACCUAGAUAGGGUGUAUGGGUUUCGGUAGCUUUCGCAGUUGCACUCAAUCAUAUAUAUGAAGAUG